ACCCUGUCUGGAAAAAACAAAAACAAAAACAAGCCAGGACCUUUCUGAUUCACUCCACAGACUGCUCUCAAGAGGUCUAAGACACGUAGAACCAUGGUGAGACACCCGGCUGCAAGCAACCUAUAGCUACAUAGAACCCGUGGCCUCGCUCUUUGAUGCUCCCAUGGAGACAGGAAGCCCCGGCUUGAACAUGAAGCCCCAGGCACUGCAGCUGGUGCUGGAGGAGCAGGUGCUGGCGCUGCAGCAGCAGAUGGCAGAGAACCAGGCCGCCUCUUGGCGGAAGCUGAAGGACUCCCAGGAGGCCCAGAAGAGACAAGCAACCCUUGUGAGGAAGCUGCAGGCCAAGGUUUUACAGUACCGGAGCUGGUGCCAAGAGCUGGAAAAGCGGCUGGAAGCCACCGGAGGGCUGGUCCCUCAGCGGUGGGAAAGUGUGGAAGAGCCCAACCUGGAACAGCUGCUGAUCCGGUUGGAGGAGGAGCAGCAAAGGUGUGAGAGUCUAGUGGAGGUGAACACAGAGCUUCGGCUGCACAUGGAGAAAGCUGAUGUGGUGAAUAAAGCCCUUCAGGAAGAUGUGGAAAAACUUACAGUGGACUGGAGUCGGGCCAGGGACGAGUUACUGAGGAAGGAGAGCCAGUGGCGGGUGGAGCAGGAGUUCUUCAAGGGCUAUCUGAGAGGUGAACAUGGGCGUCUUCUCAGCCUGUGGCGAGAGGUGGUGACCUUCCGACGUCACUUCCUGAAAAUGAAGUCUGCUACUGACAGAGAUCUGACAGAGCUAAAGGCUGAGCACGCGAGGCUCUCAGGGUCCCUGCUGACCUGCUGUCUGCGCUUGACCGUGAGAGCACAGUCCCGGGAAUCCAGUGCAUCAGGGAGAGUGGGUGAGAGUGAGCCAGCCCAGCUGCUGCUGCUGGUAGCUAAGACCCAGGCGCUGGAGAAGGAAGCCCAUGAAAGGAGCCAGGAGUUACUGCAGCUGAAAAACCGAGGGGACCUGGAGAAGGCAGAGCUCCAGGAUCGAGUGACAGAGCUCUCUGCUCUGCUGAACCAGUCUCAGAAGCAAAAUGAGGAUUAUGAAAAGAUGGUAAAGGCUUUGAGAGAAACGAUGGAGAUUCUGGAGACAAAUCAUGCAGAGCUAAUAGAACACGAAGCAUCUCUCAGUAGGCAUGCUCAAGAGGAAACGCUGUCUUUGCAGCACGUGAUCAAGGCUAUAACCCAGGCGCUGGCCACAGUGGAAGAAGAGGACACUGUGACCCAAAGCUCGGGCCAUGAGAGCUCAUUGCAGCUGGACUGUAGUGACUUCUCCCAGUUUGAUCCCCAUGACCCAGACAAGGCUCUUACUCUGGUGCGUUCAGUGCUGACUCGGAGACAGCAGGCUGUGCAGGACCUCAGGCAGCAGCUUUCAGGCUGCCAGGAGGCUAUGAGCUUCUUGCAGCAGCAGCACAGUCAGUGGGAGGAAGAGGGAAAAGCCCUGAGAGAGAGGCUGCAAAAGCUCACUGGGGAGCGGGAUGCUCUGGCAGGGCAGACUGUGGACCUCCAGGGAGAGGUGGACUCUCUGAGCAAGGAGCGGGAGCUGCUGCAGAGGGCCAGGGGAGAGCUGCAGCAGCAGCUGGACGUGCUGGAGCAGGAGGCAUGGCGCCUGCGAAGGAUGAACACGGAGCUGCAGCUGCAGGAGGACUCCGCUCAGGGGCAGAGGCAGGAGCAGCAGGAGGAGCUGCACUUGGCUGUCCGCGAGAGGGAGCGCCUUCAGGAGGCGCUGGUGGGCCUGGAAGCCAAGCAGUCAGAGUCACUAAGUGAGCUGGUCAAGCUUCGAGAAGCCCUGGAGUCAAGUCGCCUAGAAGGAGAGUUACUGAGGCAAGAGCAAGCGGGAGUGACUGCAGCCUUGGCCAGGGCAGAACAAUGUAUUGCAGAGCUGUCGGGUUCUGAGAACAGCCUGAAGGCAGAGUUAGCUGAUCUUCGAGCUGCAGCUGUCAAGCUUGGGGCCUUAAACGAGGCUUUGGCUUUAGAUAAAGUUGGGCUGAACCAGCAGCUUCUCCAGUUGGAGCAGGAGAACCAGUCUGUGAGCGGCAGAGUGGAGGCUGCAGAGCAGCUGAGCAGUGCUUUGCAGGCGGACUUGGCAGAGGCAGAGAGCAGCAGGGAAGCCCUGUGGGAAAAGAAGACUCAGCUGGAGGCUCAGCUGCACAAGGCAGAGGAGACAGGGGCCGCGCUGCAGGCAGAACUGAAGGGCGUCCGAGAAGAAAAGGAAGAACUUAAGGAGAAGUUAAGUGAGGCACAUCACCAGCAAGAAACAGCCGCAGCUCAACUGGGGCAGCUGCAGCAGGAUGCAGAGCGACAGGAAGAAACACUUGCUAGAGUGGUCCAGGAGAAGGAGGCCCUCGUACGGGAGAGGGCAGCGCUAGAGGUGCGCCUGCAGGCUGUGGAGCGGGACCGGCACGACCUCGCUGAACAAGUUCUGGGGCUCAGGUCAGCCAAGGAGCAACUGGAGAGCAAUCUGUUUGAGGCCCAACAGCAAAAUUCGGUAAUAGAGGUCACCAAAGGGCAGCUGGAGAUCCAGAUUCAAGCUGUUAGCCAAGCCAAGGAAGUGAUUCAAGGGGAGGUGAAGUGCCUGAAGCUGGAAUUGGAUGCUGAGAGGAGCCGCGCAGAGCAGGAGAGGGAUGCAGUUGCCAGGCAGCUGGCCCGCUCUGAACAGGAGGGCCAGGCAGCCCUGGAGCGACGGAAGGUGGCCCACGAGGAGGAAGUGAACAGGCUCCAAGAGAAAUGGGAGAAAGAGCGGGCCUUGCUUCAGCAGGAGCUAGAUAAGACCCAGGAGACCCUCGAGAGGGAGAGAACGGAGCUAGAAAUGAAGCUGAGAGAGCAACAGACAGAAACCGAAGCUCUCCGUGCACGGAGGGAAGAGGAACGAGCCCAGGCCGACAGCGCCCUGUACCAAAUGCAGCUGGAGACAGAGAAGGAGAGAGUGUCUCUCCUGGAGACGCUGCUGCAGACACAGAAGGAACUGGCAGAUGCUAGUCAACAGCUGGAAAGGCUGAGGCAGGACAUGAAGAUUCAGAAGUUGAAGGAGCAGGAGACCACAGGCAUGCUGCAGACCCAGCUGCGGGGCGCGCAGCAGGAGCUGAGUGAGGCGGCCCAGCAGCACAGGGACCACCUUGCUGCCUUCCAGAAGGACAAGAUAGGCCUGCAGAAGCAGGUGGAGGACUUGAAGUCUCAGCUGGAAACCCGGGAUGACUCCCAGAGGCUGGUGAGACUAGAGCUUCAAGAGAGGGUGAAAGAGGCUCAAGAACGCAGCCGGGUUCAGAAGGAGCUGGAGAAGGAGAAAGCCAGCCUGGCUCUGUCACUGGUGGAAAAGGAAGAAAAACUCCUUGUCUUACAAGAGGCUGACUCCGUUCGACAGCAGGAGCUGAGCUCCUUGCGCCAGGACAUACAGGAGGCCCAGGAAGGGCAGAAAGAGCUCAGUGUACAGGUGGAGCUACUGAGGCAAGAGGUGAAGGAAAAGGAAGCUGACUUUGUGGCCCGGGAAGCACAGCUGCUGGAGGAGCUGGAGACCUCACGGAUCACAGAGCAACAGCUGCGAGCUUCCCUGUGGACCCAGGAGGCCAAGGCAACCCAACUCCAGCUGCAGCUCCGCAGCACGGAGAGCCGCCUAGAGGUGCUGGCUGCAGAGCAGCAGCCGGAGAGCCAGGCCCAGGCCCAGCUGGCUAGCCUCUACGCUGUGCUGCAGCAGGCCCUGGGGUUUGCAUGUGAGAGCCGACCUGAGCUGAGGGGUGGGGGCGACUCUGCUCCCACCCUGUGGGGCCCUGAGCCAGAUCAGAAUGGAGCUAAGAGACUCUUCAAGAGGGGGCCCCUUCUGACUGCACUGUCCGCUGAGGCUGUAGCACUGGCUCUCCAGAAGCUUCAGCAAGAUCUGUGGAGGGCUCAGCAGACCCAGGAUGACCUAAGGGACCAGGUCCAGCAGCUGGAGCAGUGCCUGAGCGACACAGAGGCCCAGAAGAGCCAGGUCCACUCGGAGCUGCAGGAUCUGCAGAGACAGCUCUCACAGAGCCAGGAAGAGAAAUCCACGUGGGAAGGGAAACACAGCUCCCUGGAAUCUGAGCUAAAGGGUUUGCAUGAGACUGUGGCAUCCUUACAGAGUCGCCUGCGGCAGGCGGAGCUGCAGAAAAUGGAUGCUCAGAAUGAUCGAGAGUUGCUUCAGGCAUCCAAAGAGAAGCUGUCAGCCCAGAUUGAACAACUACGAGCAAGUGUGGCCGAAGCUCAGGCUCAGGCGAGUGCAGCCAGCGUCCUGGAAGAAGAUUUGCGCAUGGCUCGCUCUGCGCUGAAACUGAAAAACGAGGCAAUAGAGAGUGAGCGGGAGCGAGCCCAGGCUUUGCAGGAGCAGGGCGAGCUGAAGGUGGCCCAGGGGAAAGCUCUGCAGGAGAAUCUGGCCGCGCUGGCCCACACCCUGGCUAACAGAGAGCGGGAGGUGGAGACGUUGCGGGCUGAGGUUCAGGAACUGGAGAAGCAGCGGGAAAUGCAGAAGGCCGCCCUGGAGCUGCUCUCCCUGGACCUGAAGAAGCGGAGCCAGGAGGUAGACCUGCAGCAAGAACAGAUUGAGGAGCUGGAGCAGUGCAGGGCCGUGUUGGAGCACCUGCCCAUGGCCUUGCAGGAGCGUGAGCAGAGGCUGAGCGUGCUGCAGGACCAGAUCAGAGAGCUGCAGAAGGACCGGGAGAAUCAGGGCAGUGUCUUGGAGCAUCAGCUAAUGGAGCUCGAGAAGAAGGCUCAAGUGAUUGAGUCCCAGAGGGGACAGAUUCAGGACCUGGAAAAGCAGCUGGUGACACUGGAGUGCCUGGCCCUGGAACUGGAGGAAAGCCGUCACAAGGUGGAGGGCCAGCAGCAGGUGAUCGAGGAGCUGGAGGGCCAGAGGGAGCUGCAGAGGGUGGCGCUGACCCACCUCACACUGGACCUAGAAGAAAGGAGCCAGGAGCUGCAGGCACAAAGCAGCCAGCUCCGCGAGCUGGAGGACCACAGCACCCGGCUGGCCAGAGAGCUGCAGGAGAGGGGCCAGGAGGCCAGGGUCCAGCGCCAGCAGAUGGAGGAUCUGCGGCAGCAGAAAGAGCAGCUGGCCCAGGACCUGGAGAGGAAAGGCCAGGAGCUGCUGCUGCAGCAGGAGCGGGUUCAGGUUCUGGAAGAUCAGAGGACACUGCAGACCAAGAUCCUGGAGGAGGACCUGGAACAGAUCAAGCAUUCCUUGAGAGGACGCGCCCAGGAGCUGGCCUCGCCGCGGCAGCUGCUGCGCGAGCAGGCGGACGAUGGGCAGAGCCCAAGAAAAGCGCAGCGCGGGAGCCUGGAGCACCUGAAACUGAUCCUGCGGGACAAGGAGAAGGAGGUAGAAUGCCAGCAGGAGCGCAUCCGGGAGCUUCAGGAGCAUGCGGGCCAGCUGGGGCAGCAGCUCCAGGGCCUGCACAGGAAGGUGGGGGAGACCAGCCUGCUCCUGACCCAGCGAGAGCAGGAGACAGCAACCCUGCAGCAGCACCUCCAGGAGGCCAGAGCCCAAGGGGAGCUGAGGGAGCAGGCGCUUCGGGGUCAGCUGGAGGAGGCCCAGAGAGCGCUGGCACAGAGGGACCGAGAGCUGGAGGCCCUUCAGCAAGAGCAGCAACAGGCCCGGGGCCAGGAGGAAAGCAGGCAGCAAAAGACGAGCGCUCUGCAGGCUGCCCUGGAGCAGGCCCAGGUGGCACUGGAGGAGCGCCAAGGGGAGCUGGAAGAGCACAGGGUACAGGGGCAAAGGCUCCAGGAAGAGCUGGCAGCAGAGGGGCGGCAAGUGCGGGCCCUAGAGGAGGUGUUGGCAGACCUAAGGACUGAGUCUCGGGAGCACGAGAAGGCCGUGCUGGCCCUUCAGCAGCGGUGCACCGAACAGGCACAGGAGCAUGAGGCAGAAGCCAGGUCCCUGCAGGACAGCUGGCUGCAGGCCCAGGCCACACUCGCAGAACAGGAACAAGAGCUAGCAGCUCUACGAGCAGAAAGCCAGUAUUCCCGCCAGCAGGUGGAGGCUCUUCAGGAGGCCCUGAGCAAAGCCCAGGCUGCCCUGCAGGAGAAAGAGCAGAGUCGGCUUGAGCAGGCUGAGUUGAGCUGCACUCUGGAGGCCAACACUACCGCCUUGCAGGCUACCCUGGACACCUGCCAGGCACGUGCCCGGCAGCUGGAGGAGGCCCUGAGGGUUCGAGAAGGUGAGAUCCAGGCCCAGGCUCUGCGACACCAGGAGGCUGUGCAGCAGCUCCAGCAGGAACUUUCCCGAAAGGAAGAAGAGCUGAGGCAGCUGCUGGAGAAGGCCACGGCCCAGAGGAGUCCAGAAAACAGGAUCCCAGAGCAGCACAGUCAGGAGCGAGAGAGAGGAGAGGACAUGGGCAGCCUUCUUGAGAGCCUGAGGGAGCUACAACUGACGGUAGCCCAAAAGGAGGAAGAGAUUCUGAGGCUGAGGGAGGCCCAGCAGACUCUGGAGGCCUUUUCCCCAAGCCGCAGAGCCUCCCCAGGAGAGAAGCCGUCUCCACAAGUGUCCCCAGUGCAGCAGGAGUUGGAGAGACUGCAGAAUGCUCUGAGGCAGACAGAGGCCAGGGAGAUCGAAUGGAGGGAGAAGGCUCAGGACUUGGCACUGUCCCUGGCCCAGAGCAAGGCCAGCAUCAGCAGUCUGCAGGAGGUCGCCAUUUUCCUACAGGCAUCAGUCCUAGAGCGGGAAUCAGAACAGCAGAGGCUUCAGGAGGAGUUGGUGCUCAGCAGACAGGCUCUGGAAGAGAAACAGUCACACAACCCACACUCAACCAGCAGAACAGACGAGGGACCCAAAGCUGAACAGGGCAUACAGCCUGGAGAGCAUCAUGGGUCUCCCCUGCAGGCUGGAGUGGAGGAGAAGGAACAGUGGAGACAAAGGCUUGAGCGUCUGCAGCAAGCAGUGGCACAGCUGGAAGUUGACCGGAGCAAACUGCAGCGCCACAACAUGCAGCUGCGGACCACCUUGGAGCAGGUGGAACGAGAACGGAGGAAGCUGAAGAGGGACUCCAUGCGUGCAUCCCGGGCAGCGUCGCUGGAGACCAGAGAAGCUGUGACUUUAUCCCCCGUACAGCAGGAUGGAAGAGGUCAGAGGGGUUCUUCGGACAGCAUGCAUGUGGUUGAGCUUCAGAGAGAGGUAACCCUGCUGCGAGCCCAGCUGGCCUUGGAGCGAAAGCAGAGGCAGGACUACAUCGCGAGAUCAGUGCAGACCAGCCGUGAGCUAGCAGGCCUGCACCACAGCCUAUCUCACUCCCUCCUCGCAGUGGCCCAGGCCCCCGAGGCCACUGUUCUGGAGGCUGAGACUCGAAAGCUGGAUGAGUCCCUGAGUCAGAGUCUGACAUCCACAGGGCCAGUCCUGCUACGGCCUAGUCUGGACAGUACUCAAAAUACCCCCAGGUAGCAGCCAUAGCUAGGUGACACACCUCGGAUGACUGCAGAGGGGCUCACAGCCCCCAGCUACAGGCUUGCCAAAGGCAAGAUUUAGCUGUUACCCAACCUGGGAGACCCAGGUCAACUGACAGUCCCAGGAAGAAAAUGGAACCCCUCUAGGCUGGAGAUGGCCCCAGCUCACGUGGGAUUGAAGCAAAUCACAUUUGCUUGCUAACCCACUGUUACCCAAGAAGUGCCUUGCCCUAAAUUUGGGGCAUCUGUUGUCUUUCCACCCCACGAAGCAACCACAGUCUACACUGUGCCUGAAGACUCACUUGGUACCAAGAGCAUGUGGGUAAUCUGUCCUGGGCAGGAGCAUCCUGGAUGCAUCAAGUACAGGGAGCGU